AUGACGGCACGGGGAGCGAGGAGGAGGAGGAGGAGGAAGAAUCGGAGUCCCCCGAACCGCCCGAGCUGGACGCCGUCCUGCCCCGCGCCCCGGAGGGGGGGGUCCCGCAGCCCCCCGCCUCCCUCGGGGAGUGCUGCCAGCCCCCCCCCUGGCACCCCUGGGACCCCCUCCUUCCUCCUCCUCCUCCUCCCGCGCAGCCCCCCGCCCGCCUCCCUCGGGGCGGGGGUCGCGGGGGUCGGCGCGGGGGUCGCGGAGGAUCCGGGGGGGGCCCGAGGGGCUUCGGGCACCGCUGCGGGAGGAGCGGCUUCGCCGAGGAAAAACCCUACAAGUGCCUGGACUGCGGGAAGAGCUUCACCCGCAGCUCCAACCGCAACGCCCACCGCCAGCGCCUGCACUCGGGGGGGCGCGGGGGGGAGCCGGACAAGCAUCACCAGGACCACCGGGACCACCGGGACCAGCAGCGGAACCCCCCCCAGCUCGCCUGCGGCAAGUGCGGGCAGAGCUUCGGCUGGAGCGCCGGGCUGGCCAAGCACCGGAGAGGGGAGAGACCCCCGGGCGGCUGCGGGGAGUGCGGGAGGAGCCCCGGCGCCCACCUGAGGACGCACCUGAGGGGCGAGAGACCCUUCGCCUGCCCCGACUGCGGGAGGAGCUUCAGCUACAGCUCGGCCUUCCUCAAGCACCGCCGGGGGCACGGAGGGGGCGGCGGGGAAGGGGAGGGGGAGAGGGAGGAGAAGAAGCCCCCCUUGCCCUGCCCCAGCUGCGGGAAGAGCUUCGCGGGGAGUUCGGCGCUGCUGCGGCACCAGCGGAGCCACUCGGGGCGGGCGCGGCCCCGCUGCGGGAGGGGUUUCCCGGGGGGCUCGUCCUUCCUCCCGUCCCUCCCGUCCCACCGGCGCGGCCGCGGGGCCGCGGGGCAGGGGGAGAAACCCCCGCCCCACACGUGCGGCGACUGCGGGAAGGGCUUCGGGGGCAGCUCCGCGCUCGUCCGGCACCAGCGGCUCCACCUGGGCGCUGCUGCCUCCUCCUCCUCCUCCUCCUCCUCCAUUGUCCGUCCGGCCGCGGCCGGAGCCUCCGGUGGGAGCGGGGGGACCCCCGGGGCGGCUUUGGGGGGGGGGGGCGGGUGUGCAUCCCCCCGAGCUCGGAGGGAGGGAGGGAGGGAGAAGCGGCUUUUUGGCAUCGCGGGACGGGCGAGGAGGAGGAGGAGGAAGGGCCGAGCCCCCGCCAUGUCUCCCAAGCGCUGCCGGGGGUCGUCGGCGACCCCCCCGCCCCGAGGCGAUGCGGAGGGACCCCCGCAGCCGGCGGUGACGGGGGGGGCGGCGGCGAUGAUGGGGAUGGGGGUGAUGGGGGUCCGCGGGCGGGGGGUCCGCAAGCGGAAGGAGACGGUGGCGGUUCGGCAGCGGGGUCCGCCGGGGAGGGGGGCGGGGGGAGCCGGGGGGGGCUCGGAGGAGGAGGAGGAGGAAGAGCAGCACCCCAACAUCUGCGUGGAGUGCGGGAAGAGCUUCGCCAGGAGCGCGGCGCUCACCGAGCACCGGCGGAGCCACGGCGGGGGCGGCGGCGACCACCGGGUCACCUCCAUCGCCCCCCCGCCGCCAUCAUCAUCAUCAUCAUCAUCAUCAUCAUCAUCCUCCGGCGGCGGCGGCGACCACCGGCGCCCCUUCGCCUGCCUCGACUGCGGGAAGAGCUUCGGGCUCAGCGCCCACCUCGCGCGGCACCGCCGCGCCCACGCCGCGACCCCCCCGCACCCGCGGAGCUGCCGGGACUGCGGGAAGGAGGUGGGAGGGGUGGGGGGCACCCCAACCACCACCGCAACCCCCCCCGGCCCCCAAAGGCCCUACAAGUGCGUUGACUGCGGGAAAAGCUUCAGCCGGGCCAAGGAAACCCCCCCCGGGUCCCCCCAUCCCGGAGGAGGAGGAAGAGGAGGAGGAGGAAGAGGAGGAGAUGGGACGGGCAGCGGCCCCAAACCACCCCCCUCGGCCCUCGGGGGGAUCCCCAACACGUGCGGGGAGUGCUGGCAGAGCUUCAGCCAGAGCUCGGACCUGGUGAAGCACCUCCGCAUCCACACGGGCGAGAAGCCCUACGCCUGCUCCCACUGCGGGAAGCGCUUCAACGUCUCCUCCAACCUCAUCCGCCACCAGCGGAUCCACACCGGGGAGAAGCCCUACGGCUGCCCCGACUGCGGCAAGAGCUUCACCGACAAGUCCACGCUGACCCAGCACCGGCGCAUCCACACCGGCGAGAAGCCGUACGCGUGCGGGGUGUGCGGGAAGAGCUUCAGCCGCAGCUCCCACCACAAGCGGCACCAGCGCACCCACCAGGGAGCCCUCCUGCCCCUCUGGCCCUACCCCGGGCAGCCCUGCUGAGGAGGGGAGGGAGGGGAUGUGGGGAGGGAUGGAGGGGGUGGGAGGG